AUGGGUGCAGAAAACUGCUAUGGCAAUCUUGGCUGUUUCUACGAUGACAAUCCAUGGUCCGGUACCCCACAGAGGAAGGUCAUCCCUCUACCCUGGAGCCCCAAAAAGAUUAAUUCCCGAUUCUUCCUCCACACCAGGGACAAUCCCCAACUAUACCAGGAAAUCAGCUCUAGGGAUAUCAUGAGCAUUAAGAAUUCUGUCUUCCGAUCAGGACGGAAGACGAUCUUCAUAGUGCAUGGUCUGGCCGACAAAGCGGAGGAUAACUGGGUGUCUGAAAUGAUCCUGGAGAUCCUCCGAGCAGAAGAUGUGAAUUGUGUCGGAGUGGAUUGGCGUAAUGGUUCGGCUAAUUUGCAGAUGUACGCUCAGGCGAGCAGCAACGUCCAAGUGGUGGGAGCUGAAAUCGCCUAUCUGGUGACAAGAUUGCAGGAGGAGCUGGAAUACCCACCAUCCAAAGUUCACCUCAUUGGGCACAGCCUUGGUGCUCACGCAUCCGGUGAAGCCGGGAAGCGAUGUCGCGGGAUUGGUAGAAUAACCGGCCUAGACCCAGCUCGGCCAUUCUUUGAGGACACGGAUAAAGUAGUUCACCUGGAUGCCUCUGACGCAGAGUUUGUUGACAUCAUUCACACAGACACUGACCCCUAUUUAGGUCUUGGCACGAUAAAAGCAACCGGACACUAUGACUUUUAUCCCAAUGGGGGAGAACACAUGACUGGAUGUCCAAGCAAACUAUCCUUCCUAACUGGCAAUGCAGUCUCAUUGGUGGAGUCAAUGGCCUGCAACCAUCUGCGUGCUCCCCUCUUCUACAUAGAGAGCGUCCGAAAUCCCGGGGGAUUCCUGAGCUACCCAUGUGAGAACUACAUGGCGUUUCAAGACGGUUCCUGCUUUCCCUGUCCCUCCAGUGGUUGCCCGGCCAUGGGGCAUUAUGCUGAUCCAUCACAUAGAACAACCACCCAGCAUCAGACCUUCUACCUUCACACCGGAGGGGAUCCCCACCAUUUCUCGAGUUACAGAUACAACAUUUCAGUGUCUCUGGUUGGGAAGAAAAAGAUUUCUGGAAAAAUAUACAUAUCGCUGUUCAGUGAUCACAUUUCCACCCCAGAAUAUGAAGUUGUACAGGGAACACUUCUGCCCGGGAACAGGUAUUCAGGGUUUAUCAAUGCUGAUGUAAAGUUGGAUGAAGUUAACUGCGUGGACUUUCGCUGGACUCUUUUACAAUCGAACAUCUUUCAAAUCCAGUUGGGUGCAGAGAAAGUGGACGUUCAGUCGGGAGAAGAUGGAGAAGUAUUAUCAUUUUGCUCUUUGGGGACGGUCAGAGACAAUAUGAUACUUACACUUGGACUGUGCACAGUUCACACCCGUAGCCACUAUGAUCCCAAAUCCAGUUACAAAGAGGAUUGGUUGUGAUCAGAUUAUUCAGAGGUCAUCCGAAUCUCCAAACUCUGUCCAAUUUCCUUCCUAGUUGGAGCCUAAGUCAUCUUUGUCAUACAAUGACAAUAGGAGUUUAAUAAUGUUUGUACUAUGACAGUUACAAGAAUCAAACCUCAAAAUUGUAACCUUGAGCUGAAACACAGCCAUCAAUAUGAGUAGACAAAAUUAUUAUUACAGAUGCCUGGAUGCACAUAUGUCAUCGCUACAAUUGAAUAAAGGAGUCAGUACUUACAGAAUGAGUACUGUAUGCGAUACCUACA